AUGGAUGUACCUAUGGACAAGGCUCUGGCACAGGCUGUGUGGAACCAGAAGAUGAAGGCAGAGAAAAAUGAGCAAGACCCUGACUUUUUCAGUUCAAUGGCGGUUUUGCCUGAUCUUGGUGGUCCUGACGAGACCGAUCUGGCACUGUUCCAAGACCCUGAGCAAAUGGCCAAGAUGCCGCCAGGUGAAUUAGCCCUGCGUGCAGCGGAACACGGACAAACAGAAGUACUGCGCUCUCUAAUCAAAGAACAUCCGAUCGUGGUUCACACAACCGACUCGGAUCAGUACACUCCGCUGCAUCGUGCGUGUUACGGUGGUCAUGUGGAGUGUGCAUGCAUUCUGUUGCAGGCCGGCGCUGAUCCAAACGCUCUGACGUGUGAGUCCUGGACACCGCUGCACUCGGCAUGCCGAUGGAACAAGUGGCAAUGCGCAAAGUUGCUGCUGCAGAACGGCGUUGAUAUCAAUCGUGCGUCCAGCGGAGGGCAAACGGCACUGCAUCUGGCAGCAACCACUCGCCAAGUUGAUCAUGAUUUGCUCGCUGUAAUGCUAUCUGAUCAGAGACUUGAUGCUAGCAUUCGGAAUAGCCUUGGAGAAACUGCAAAGACCCUGGCUAAUCGCGAAAGCUACUAUGCCAACAUGCUGGAGGCUGUGGACGAUUGUCUCAAUGUCAAUGCAUAG